CUCUCGUCUUCUUGCUUCGGCCUCGAGCCCAGCAGCUGCGGCCGUCGCCGUAGCCAGGCUCAGCUCACUUGGAAGGAGGAGAGGGGUGGCAUCAUGGGGUACGAGAGGAUACACAAGGUUCAGAUGGGAGUGAUGUCUCCAACCAAGCUCAGGAUGAAGCUGCUGGGCUCCCAUGGAGGCAGCAAGAAGGAAGAGGCUAGUGGCAAGUCGUCGCCGUCGAGGCUCGUCGUCGACGACGACGACGCUGACCACCCCAAGAACAGCCUCUUGGCACAAGAACUCGACGAAGAGUACCCCAAGGACCGGUCGGAUUCUUCCCUGUCGCGCUCCGACGCUAGCCACGGCAGGGCCGCUCACAGCGGCGGCGGGAGUGGCUGCGAAAGCGGGCACGAGAAUGGCAGCACCGGCGCCGGCGGCAACUUCGAGUUCCACAGGGUGGUUAUGGGGGCGGCGGUGUCCGGGCCGUUCUUCCGGCAGGUGCCGUCCAAGUGGAACGACGCGGAGAAGUGGAUCGCGGGGCGGCACGUCGUGCACUCCAACCCCAUAUUCUCCAAGAAGCCCGCCGCGCCGCCGUACAGCCCCAACGGCGGCGGCCGUGUCGCGCCGGAGUCUGCGGCUUCGAAGGGCGGCGCCUCUUGCGACAACCCGAGCUCACGCGGUGGUGGUGCUGUCAGUGCGGUAACCGAGCUGUCGUCGAAGUCCUCAUCGCCGUCAUCUGUGAGCAAGCCUCCUCAGAAGAAGCUCCGCACCGCGACGAGCGCUGCCGCGCCGGCGCAGUCGGUGUCGAUGAGGGACGUCGGGACGGAGAUGACGCCGAUAGCGAGUAAGGAGCAAUCGCGGAGCGGCACCCCCGCCGGCGCCGCCACGCCGUCGCUCAGCCCUCUCUGCUCCGUGCCGUCCAGCCCGAGGGGCGGCGCCUCGGCCUCGUCGUCGUCCUCCGCCUCCGAGCGGGAGCUCCGGCUCAGGACCAGGCGGGAGAUCGCCGCGCUCGGGCUGCAGCUGGGCAAGAUGAACAUCGCGUCGUGGGCCAGCAAGGAGGAGGGCCUCCUCGCCCAGGCCUCCUCGCCGCCGGAGAGCCCCGGAGCCAUCGAUGACGAGAUCAAGAGGAAGGAGUUCGAAGCGCGCGCCGCGGCGUGGGAAUUGUCUCAGAAGUGUAAACUCGCCUCGAGAUAUCAGAGGAAGGAGGUGAAGAUACAGGAAUGGGAGAGUUGCCAGAAAUCCAAAUUUGAAGCCAAGAUGAGGCAGGCUGAGGUGCAGGCUGAGCAGAUGAAAGCCCGGGCGAAGUACAACCUGGCGAAGAGGCUGUCCGUCCUGAGCCACAGGGUGGAGGGCAAGCAGGCGAGGGUGGAGGCACGGCGGAGCCGGCAGGCGGUCCGGUUGGCACGGCAGGUGGAGCGGAUCCGCAAGACCGGCCGUGAGCCCUGCCGGUUCCGGCGGUGCUGCACCUGGUUCCUGUGAUCGGCGUCCGUCAGGCUUCCUCUCGUUGCUGCUGACUGAAGCUCCGGUGAUCGGCGUCAGGCUUCCUCUGGUUGCAGCUGACUUGAAGCCUGAAGGUCUCAAAUGCAUGCUCUGGGACAAGAGCUUGAGAGCAUCUAUAGCAAUAUCAUGGAAUGAGCUUUGUACAUGAAAUCAUCACAAGUUUAUUUCAGGCAGUGCUCUGAAUUCUGAUUUCUGAGAAUGUGCUGUUUGUUGCUGUGGAUGUUGCUUGCCUUGUACAAUCUGAAUUGUGUUGUAGCCUGAUUUUGGCUUU